AUGUCUCUACCAGCACUCGUCUUCUCCAUCCUCUACCUCUACCUAGUCGGCUCCAUAUUCUUCGAUAUAGCCCAUUACCUCCUGCACCAAUGGCCGAACUCCCAAUGGAAGCUCCUCCGAGCCCUCUCCCGUUGGCACCAAUACCACCACCUAUACUACAACCGAUCCCUGAACUUCAACGCGCGGUACAAACUCCAGAACGCCUGGAUCGCCUUACCUCUCGAGAUGUUCUGCCAGGUCCUAGGAAGUAUUCUAGGUUGGGCCCUCAUCCAGGGGUUCCUGGUCAGCGAAGCCCUCGACAACACACCCCUGUACCUCAUAGUUAUCAUCCAGGCGGUUAGGACCCUUGUUGUGAUUGCUAUGAGUGGCCAGGACUCGAACCAUAUCCCCUACGAUACCGUACCUAAAGACCCGCACGCCGUCCUCGUGGGCCCUCAAUUCCACGCGCUGCACCACGUCCACCCAGACCGAUACAUGAGCUCGAUGGUGAAAGUGUUCGAUUGGUUUGCAGGAACGGCAUACUCUUUAAGGAAUAAGCGAGUCGUGAUAACGGGUGGCUCAGGGGCUUUUGGCCAGGCUAUUGUGAAGCAGCUACGCAAGGAGGAUGUCCGCAGCGUACAGAAACUCCGAUACGGAAGGGACUGGACGCAUGAGGACUUCUCUAAAGCCAUUCCCCUGCUUAAACAAGCCGAUGUGCUUAUUCUGGCGCACGGUAGCAAGGGUCCCGACGCCAUUGCUGCAAACUGCACCUCCAGCAUCCAGCUCGCACGACAUUUCAUAGACUCGAAAACUGGGGAAAAGCGGAAGACACUCCCGGAGAUUUGGUACGUGGGAAGUGAAAUUGAGGUGCAUCCUGCCUGGGGGAUACCGACUCUACAACGCUAUUCUGCCUCUAAGCGUGCUUUUUUGCCAUUCGCGCGGGCGCUCUAUGAUGACCCACGGGGGGUGUAUCGGCAUAUAGUUCCAGCAGCGUUUGAGUCCUCGAUGGGAAAGGCGAUCGUGUCGCCAGAGUGGGCGGCCAGCGUGGCGAUGUGGUGGAUUCGACGUGGGGCGAUGUAUGUUCCGGUGACUUACACAGGCCUUGCCUAUUUGAAUUUCUUCAAGUUUAUAUAUUGGGUACGCCCCAGUUGGAAUGAGGUCGAAUACAAAGAUGCGGCCAAGGCCGAAAUAAUUCAUGGAGUUGAGUCUCUUUGA